UGGCGAUGAUGAUGUAUGUUGCGAACCCUGAUAUAAAUAACACCACGGGGCUCACUGGGCAGUUAACAGAACCAUCAGAAUCACUGAAGACUGAACAGCUGCUCUUGACCUCCUGUAGCUUCAAACAUGAAGACACUGGCACUGUGGACUGUGGGGAUUUUCAUCACCUUCGCAGCAGCACAUGAACUCAACUACUUCCCGCAAAACUUUGUGGUCAUCAGCAGAGAUCAACAGGAGCCGGUGAAACUGACCUGUGGUGACCUCAGUGACACAGACGUCACAUGGAAGCUGAACGGCAAAGAUAUCGAGGACAGCUUUGAGGACUACCUGGAGCGGGACGGGACCACCCUGACGGUGACCGAGUUUGACGACCCCCUGUUAGGAGAGUACAGCUGCUGGAGCGGAGGAAGGAACAUAUCAUCUACGUAUCUGCUGAUGGAGGCUGAGAAGAACAGUCAAACAGAUCCAGUCAAAUGUCGGGCCAAGUCUUAUGACUGUAACUUCACCUGCACUUGGACCCUCGAUGGGUAUACAGCAGUCCGACUUCGACUGGAGCAUGACAGCUGUGAAGAUGCUACAUCCUGCCAGUGGGUUGGUGACAGUACUCCCACACCAGACGGUACAUUCCACUUUGAGCUGUCCCACUCCCUCUCCCCCUACGCUGAGGAAAGCACCAUGCUCGUCGUCACCGCAGAGGCCAUCGCUGACUUCUUCAUCCUCAGGACAACCAAGAGAUUUUAUCUCAGAGGAAUCAUUCAACCAGAUAGUCCGCAGAUUGUCAAAUGUGAGGAGAUGCCGCAGGCCCUGAACGUGACCAUCGACCCCCCGGCCACCUGGUCCACUCCUCACAGCUUCUUCACACUGGAGCAUGAGAUCGAAUAUAUAUCUAAGGACAAUGGCGAGCAUGGAUUUUCUUCAUCCACCCUGGUACCGAAGAGGAUCAGCAGGGUGAGGGGUCGCUCCCGAGACUCCCUGGUAGACUCCAACUGGAGCGUGUGGAGUCCAUGGAAAAAUGUGAAAACAGAAGGGAACCUGUGCGCAUGCAAAAACACAACAGGCCACUGCUGUCCAGAGCUGCCACCCGAAUACUUCAACCGCUGCAAAGAAAAAGGAAAAAAGAAAGAAAAAAAGAAAGGAAACAGGCAAAGGAAUAAAAACAAUAGCCAACCUUAAGUGGUUCCACUUCAUCUUAACCUUCUUUAAUUGCAAUUUAAUUUAAAUAAUGUUAGACAUUCAUGUUUUUGUACAAAAACACCUGUUAAUUUUGUGGUGAAAAUACUUUUUGGAUGAAUUAUGACAAUGUAAACAUAUUAAAAUGGGAUAAUGUCUAAAUACAAAAUCUUGAUGUUUGUGGUUGACAGGGUUGAAUUGUGGAUGCAUCAGUGUCUGAAAAACCGGACGUUAAAUGUGACUGGAAGUUGACAUAUCACUUAUAACGGAACAAUAUGUGAUCAGAUUUAAA